UAGACAUGCGUUUGGCGCUCAAUGCCCUGUAUUCAAAAGUACAAAUUGCAGUCACGUAAUAUUCGCUGUCAAUUCAGUGUAAUUAAGGCAUAACUUGCCUCUGCAAACCUCUGUUGCUAAAACACAAGAAAUUGUUAGUGUUCGGAUGCGGCUUGGGGUAGAAAUGGACGCCGAAUCUCAAGCGCUGGCAACUUGUUUGCAGCAAACUUUAUCUCCUGACGCGGCCACUCGCAAGCAAGCCGAGAGGUCUUUGGAGUCAGUGGAGGGGACUCCUAGUUAUGCGAUGAUGCUGUUGCGACUGGUUGACUCAAACGCCGGUGAUAUGGUCAUCAGGAUCUCUGCUGCUGUUGCUUUUAAAAACUUGGUCAAGAAACACUGGAGAAUUGUUGAGGGGGAGCCAAGCAAAAUAAACCCUGCUGACAGACAAGCCGUAAAAACUGAAAUAGUGGAUCUGAUGUUGAGAAGUCCAGAACAACUGCAGAAACAGCUCAGUGAUGCAAUCAGUGUCAUUGGGAUGGAGGAUUUUCCAGACAAAUGGGAAGACUUGUUACCAGGAAUGGUAAAGAGGUUUGAAAGUGGCGAUUUCCAUUUGAUAAAUGGUGUCCUGCAGACGGCUCACUCCCUUUUCAAAAGAUAUAGACAUGAGUUCAAAUCACAGGAGUUAUGGACUGAGAUCAAGUUUGUGCUAGAGAAAUUUGCCCAACCUUUGACCACUUUAUUUAAGGCUAUAAUGGAAGAGGCAAACAAGUGUGGUGGGGAUCUCAAGAAGCUUAAAGUGAUUUUCAACUCGAUCUUAUUCAUUUGCAAAAUCUUCUACAGUCUAAAUUUCCAGGAUUUGCCUGAACACUUUGAGGAUAACAUGGAGCUGUGGAUGAAGAAUUUCCUGAUUCUCUUAACAAUUGACAACAAGACACUGGAAUCUGAGGAAAGCGAAGAAGCUGGAUCCCUGGAGCUUGUCAAGUCCCAGAUCUGUGACAAUGUUGGCCUUUAUGCUCAGAAAUAUGAUGAGGAAUUUGAGACCUACCUCCCAAAGUUUGUGGAUGCCAUUUGGCAUUUGCUGCUUUCCACAAGUAACAACAUCAAGCAUGACCUGCUGGUCAGUAAUGCCAUCCAAUUCCUGGCUUCUGUAUCAGAAAGACCAAACUACAAGCAACUGUUUGAAGAUCAGGCAACACUGCAGAGCAUUUGUGAGAAAGUCAUUGUUCCUAACAUGGAGUUCAGAGAUGAGGAUGAAGAAGUUUUUGAAGACAACCCUGAAGAAUACAUCAGACGAGAUAUUGAAGGCUCAGAUGUUGACACAAGGCGUCGUGCGGCAUGUGACCUUGUCAGAGGUCUGUCCAAGUUCCAUGAGCAACCUGUUAUUGCGAUUUUUCAUCAUUACGUCAUGGCAUUGCUGGAGCAAUAUCAGACAACAAAGGAACAAAACUGGAGAGCCAAAGAUGCUGCCAUAUUCCUUGUUACAUCUCUUGCUUCUAAAAAGCAAACUGCAAAGCAUGGGACAACAAAAGCAAGUGAGCACUUUGACCUCCAUGACUUCUACACAAAGUACAUUCUUCCUGAGCUGCAAGUCAAGAACUUGGAUGAACAUCCUGUUUUGAAGGCUGAUGCUAUCAAAUAUGUCAUAACCUUUAGAAGCAUGCUGACACGCGAGAUGAUUGUUGGUGUAGUCCCUAUCUUGGUAGACCACUUAGCUGCCAAGAGUAUAGUAGUACAUAGUUAUGCUGCAUAUUGCCUGGAUAGACUGUUCACACUGAAGAACCCUGCUGGAGGGCCACUGAUUACCAAGGAAGAGGUAAAACCAUGCAUGGAGAAACUCCUGACUAAUCUAUUCAACGCUCUUACCGUCCAAGGCUCUGAGGAGAAUGAAUACAUAAUGAAAGCAAUCAUGCGCUCUCUGUCCUUGCUCCAAGACACUGUGGUUCCUUAUAUUGGUGUUGUGGUUGCCAAGCUCAGUGAAAAGCUCACACUUGUUGCUAAGAACCCCAGCAAGCCGCAGUUUAACCAUUACCUGUUUGAGGCUAUUUCCUGCGCAAUCAAAGCGACCUGCAAGUCCAAUGUGGCUGCCGUUUCUGGCUUUGAGCAGACACUCUUCCCCAUCUUCAGCGAGAUGUUAACUCAAGAUGUUACUGAAUUUUUACCGUAUGUCUUCCAAGUUCUUUCCUUACUGUUGGAAACCAGGCAGGAGGAUAUCCCUGAGGCAUACAUGCAACUCUUCCCACUCCUGCUAACUCCUCUUUUGUGGGAGAGAACAGGUAAUAUCCCUCCCCUGACUAGACUUCUGCAGGCGUACAUCCAGAAGGGCAGCAAGCACAUCGUGGCUGGAAACAUGCAGGAUGCCAUCUUGGGCGUCUUCCAGAAGUUAAUCGCCUCACGGGCUAACGAUCAUGAAGGAUUCUAUCUUCUUGGGUCUAUGGUGGAGCAUAUUGAGCCGGCCGGCCUUGAGAAGCAAAUCAAACAAGUCUUUCUUUUGUUGCUCCAGCGUCUCCAGAGCUCAAAGACAACCAAAUAUAUAAAAGGAUUGUUGGUGUUUCUGUGUCUGUACGUGGUCAAGUAUAGCGGGACGAUUCUCAUAGAGUUGAUAGACUCUAUACAGGCCAAGUUAUUUGGGAUGAUCGUCGAGAAAUGCUUUGUUCCUGAUCUGCAAAAGGUUUCCGGUACUAUGGAAAGGAAGAUCUGCGCUGUAGGCGUCACCAAGCUGUUGUGUGAACCCACGGCCAUGUGGAACACAUAUCCAGAACUAUGGGUAUCCAUGCUGCAGCUGUUGAUCCAAGUGUUUGAGCUCCCUGAAGAUGACUCUACCCCGGAUGACGAGCACUUUAUCGAUAUUGAGGAUACACCGGGGUACCAAACGGCCUACUCACAGCUGGUAUUUGCCGGUAAGAAGGAGUCCGAUCCUUUCGGCGGGACGGUCCCGAAUGCUAAGCUGUACCUUGUGCAGUCCCUAGUUACGCUCUCCCAAGCCUUCCCAGGAAAGAUACUACCAAAAAUAACUGCUGAGCUCCAUGCAGAUGCAGUAAAAUUCUUGGAAAAGUACCUCCAAGAGACUGGUGCCGCGCUCAGCUGAACAAAGGAAAGGGUGUAUCGUGAUUGGAGGAAAGAGGUAGAGAGAUUUUUUCCUGAAGGAAAAUCUGUUUCAACUGAUGAAUUCUUAGAACGACUUUAAGCAGACUGCGUUAAUUGAUUAUCAAGAGCUGUCGGUGUUUUGGGUCUUGAAGAGUUGUCGCAAAGUUUGCUGGUGAAACCUGUUACUGUCAUAGGAAAUCAACUCUUCUACCAAAACUACGCUAGGGGGACAAGGCGUCCACACACAGUGCCAUGGGGCCAAAGUGUUGCAAAGUGUUGUAGUGGCUACCGCCAGUUAAUGUAAUCUCGCUGUCAAGUGUGCGCUUUCUUGUAGUUGUUAUAAAAUGACACAGGAGGACGUGAUUAGCAAUCGUCAGAGAAUAAAUUUAUUUCAUAGAG